UAGUACCAAGUAUCUCCUACUUGACUGUCUGUCCUCAACUCAGCCCAUGUGGAGAAGAAUAAAAAGGGUAGCAAGUGAUGGAUCAUUUGGAGGAAGGAACACAGAUGUAGGCCUUCUUUCACUUUCCACUCGAGCUUCUGCAUUGGCAUAAGGCUUUCAUAGCUAGCUUCACAGAGGGUGACUUGCUGCUUGAGUUACCCACGAUCUGAUUAGCAGAUUUAUGUAGUGUGUCCUGUGCUAUUUAUCAUGCACAUCUAAUGUCUGUUUAGCCCACGGUUAUAUUAGCAGGUUUCUAUUUGGAAAUUUGUGAUACUGGGCAUUUAUCAAUUUGACCAUAGUUUUCUGUAUCCCAGUUUGCUUUAUUGGGCAUUCAUAGAUUGUACCCAUUUGAUCAAAUUAAGAGAAGUGGUAAUACCCAUUCAUCCAAAUUUAGUUAGUUGUUGUACCAGUUCAUUCCAAUUUAAAGAAGUGAACGUACCCAUUUCACCCAUAAUUAGAGGAGUGGACUACCCAUUGCAAUCAGUUUUUGAGAAGUGAACGCCCUCUUGAUCCAGAUUCAGGCGAAGUUUAUUCAUUUCAUUCGAACAGUGUUUGAGUGUUGCAGUUGUUUGCAAUGCCUGCUGCUUCCUUAGAUGGCAACUUCCCUUCCACUCCUGGGAAGGGGAAGCUGGAGAGAAAUGGCAGCUAUUUUAGUAGAGCAGUCAACAGCAGGUGGGGUUCCUCGUCUUCGAAACUCUUCUUCUGGGCAGGUAUUCUGAUUGGUUUGAUGUUCAUAUUCUUCAUGAGCACCAGUUCCCCUACUGAGAGCAGGAGGAGAGCACUUGGGACCUCCUCCUGGGGUGGCCCUGAAUGGGAGAAACAAGUCAGGCAUUCCUGCAGUGUGAAGAGGGAAAAUGGAUUUAUGGUGCUGGUGACUGGUGCAGCUGGAUUUGUGGGUAGUCAUGUGUCUCUGGCAUUGAAGAAAAGAGGGGAUGGAGUACUGGGCCUUGAUAAUUUCAACAAUUACUAUGACCCCUCUUUGAAGAGGGCUCGCCAGAGGGUGCUUGAAAAUCAUGGAAUUUUCAUCGUGGAAGGAGAUAUCAAUGAUGGGUAUUUAUUGAAGAAGUUGUUUGAUGUGGUGCCCUUUUCCCAUGUAAUGCAUCUGGCUGCACAGGCAGGAGUAAGGUAUGCAAUGGAAAAUCCCAUCUCUUAUGUGCAUAGCAACAUUGCAGGACUUGUCAAUUUGUUUGAGGUCUGCAAGUCUAUGAACCCACAACCUGCUAUUGUUUGGGCCUCUUCAAGUUCUGUAUAUGGAUUGAAUAAGGACACUCCCUUCUCCGAGCAGGAUCGAACAGAUCAGCCUGCUAGUCUCUAUGCAGCCACCAAGAAGGCAGGAGAAGAAAUUGCUCACACUUAUAAUCAUAUUUAUGGGCUCUCCAUCACAGGCCUGAGGUUUUUUACUGUCUAUGGACCAUGGGGUAGACCCGAUAUGGCCUACUUCUUCUUCACCAAGGACAUACUCCAAGGAAAGACUAUUCCUGUUUUCCAAGGCCCAAAUCAAGCUGAGGUUGCAAGAGAUUUCACCUAUAUUGAUGACAUUGUGAAGGGCUGUGUGGGUGCUCUUGACACUGCAGAGAAGAGCACGGGAAGUGGGGGCAAGAAGACUGGCCCUGCCCAACUCAGGGUAUACAAUUUGGGUAACACUUCCCCAGUCUCCGUUCCAGAUCUUGUAAGGAUCCUUGAAGGAUUGUUGAAGGUAAAGGCCAGGAAGAAUGUGAUCAGAAUGCCCAGUAAUGGAGAUGUGCCCUACACACAUGCCAAUAUCACUCUUGCAAACGUGGAACUCGGAUAUAAGCCUACCACAGAUCUCCCAACAGGUCUGAAGAAGUUUGUCAAAUGGUAUUUAAGCUAUUAUGGUGUUCCUGGCAGGAUCCCAAAAGGUGAUAGCAGGUAAAGAUCCUAGGGUUUUUAAAAUAUCACCAAUAGAGUGAGUUACCUAGUAUUUUUCAUGAUUUUAGGAGAUUCAUGCCAACUGCUGGAUCUCCAAGUUUUAUGUUUAUUGCAAACCUUGUAUUUUUAUACUUGAUUAAGGGAAAUGCCAUAUCAAGUAUAUAUCCCAUAAUGUCUCCCAUAGCCAAGCUUUUACAGGUAAUAAUAAUAAGGCCAAUAUGUGUAAUUGUAUAAACUGGCAAAAUGCCAUGGUUCUACAAGUCCAUUUGAUUUGCAUAUAGAUAUUGUUUAUUGUUC